AUGGAUGCACCUGCCGAUACAUCGCCAUCUACGUCUCCGCCACAGCCAGAUGCAGCACCCCAGCAUGACAAGCUCGACCGCCAUGAGACGCACCGUGAUGCCGACCCCGAGGACCUCUCGCCCAUCCAGUCCACGCGCUCGCGCGUCGACCCCCCGUCGACCCUCCUCGGCGAGAUCUUCUUCGUCUUCGUCAUCUGCAUGGCCCAGUUCCUGACCCAGACCGGUCUGUCGCUGUCCAUUCCCACCGCGCACAUCAUCGCCGAGAGCUUCAACACCGAUGACCCCGGCCAGAUGAGCUGGUUCGCCGCCGCGUACAGCUUGACUGUGGGCACAUUCAUCCUCGUUGCCGGCCGGCUGGGCGAUCUGUACGGCCACAAACUGAUGUUCGUCACCGGCUUCUGCUGGUACGGCCUCUGGUCGCUGCUCGCCGGCUUCAGCGUCUGGUCCGGUCCCAUCUUCUUCAACUGCUGCCGCGCGUUCCAGGGCAUCGGGCCUGCCAUGCUGCUUCCCAACAGUAUUGCCAUCCUGGGCCGCGCAUACCCGCCAGGACCCAAGAAAGGGAUGAUCUUCAGUCUGUUUGGCGCUGCGGCGCCGAGCGGGUUUGUUGUCGGUGGUGUCUUCGCUGCCAUUUUCAGCCAGCUCGUCUGGUGGCCCUGGAGCUACUGGGUCAUGGGCAUGUUCUGCUUCCUCUUCGCCGUGCUGGGUCUGCUGGCCAUCCCGCGCACCCCGACCCCCAGACACACCGACAAUCUGUCCGCCAUCGCGCGCAUCGAUCUGUUUGGCGCGGUGACCGGCAUCAGCGGACUGGUGCUCAUCAACUUUGCCUGGAACCAGGCGCCCCUGGUCGGCUGGACCGAUCCGUACACCUACGUUUUGCUGAUCGUCGGCUUUCUCUUCCUGGCUCUGUUUGCUUUUGUAGAGCGGAAUGCCGCCUGUCCGCUGCUUCCUCGAGCGGUGUUUUCAGGUGAGCUCGCGUGGGUGUUGGGCUGUAUUGCUGCCGGCUGGUCAAGCUUCGGGAUCGUCAUCUACUACUACUACCAGUUCAUGGAGACCAUUAAGGGCGACACCCCGCUGCUGGCACUGGCCAAGUGGACUGCCGCGCCUAUCGUCGGAGCCAUCGCGGCCAUCAUGACGGGCUUUCUGCUGGGCCGGGUGCCGCCGAGCUUUAUCAUGUUCUGCGCCAUGUCUGCUUUCACGAUUGGCAAUGCCCUCAAUGCGACGAUCCCGCUGAAUCAGACAUUCUGUCUGCAACCCACUGACCUGCUUAGGGACAUGUCCUUCCCCUCCGGAACGAUAAUCCUCAGCAACGCCAUGCCCCGGCGGCACCAAGGCCUGGCCGCGUCGCUGGUCAGCACCGUCGUGAACUACUCCAUCUCGAUCGGCCUGGGUUUGGCCGGCACAGUGGAAGUGCACGUCAACCGUCACGGCCAGGACGUGCUCCGCGGCUACCGCGGAGCGGAGUACCUCGGUACGGGGCUGGCAGGGCUGGGACUGGUGAUCUCCGUGUGCUAUAUGAUCGUGUCGUGGCGACGAUCUCGCAGGGAGCCUUCUAACGAGAAGGACGAAGAAAAAGAGGACACUGGUAGUGGUCAGUAA